UCCUGCGCCGCCGCGGCAGCGACCGAGCCCGGCGAGAACCGCACUCGGGCCGCCGCCGCCGCCAGGCAUCGGCCGCGCUCCGCCAAGGCCGCCGCCGCCUCCCUCCGUCUCUGGCUUCUCUACCAGGAGCGUCAAGUAGGGAUAUGUCCUCAGCACCAACUACUCCUCCAUCAGUGGAUAAAGUAGACGGAUUUUCUCGGAAGUCCGUCAGAAAAGCCAGACAGAAGAGGUCACAAAGCUCCUCCCAGUUCAGGUCUCAGGGCAAGCCUAUCGAGUUAACUCCCCUGCCUCUGCUAAAAGACGUUCCAUCUUCAGAGCAGCCUGAACUGUUCCUAAAGAAACUUCAACAGUGCUGUGUCAUUUUUGACUUCAUGGACACGCUUUCAGACCUUAAAAUGAAAGAAUACAAGCGCUCCACUCUUAAUGAACUGGUGGACUACAUUACAAUAAGCAGAGGCUGUUUGACAGAGCAGACUUACCCUGAAGUAGUUAGAAUGGUAUCUUGCAAUAUCUUCAGAACUCUCCCACCUAGUGACAGCAAUGAAUUUGAUCCAGAAGAAGAUGAGCCCACCUUGGAGGCAUCGUGGCCGCACUUACAGCUUGUAUAUGAGUUUUUCAUACGAUUUUUGGAAAGCCAAGAAUUUCAGCCCAGCAUUGCCAAAAAGUACAUAGAUCAGAAAUUUGUAUUGCAGCUGUUGGAGCUGUUUGACAGCGAAGACCCUCGGGAACGAGACUACCUAAAAACAGUCUUGCACAGAAUUUAUGGCAAGUUCCUGGGCCUUAGAGCAUUUAUCCGAAAACAGAUUAAUAAUAUUUUUCUACGAUUUGUUUAUGAAACCGAACACUUCAAUGGCGUAGCUGAACUGUUGGAAAUUUUAGGAAGUAUUAUCAAUGGUUUUGCUUUACCUCUCAAGGCAGAGCAUAAACAGUUUCUGGUGAAGGUGCUGAUCCCUUUACACACAGUCAGGAGUUUAUCACUCUUCCAUGCACAGCUGGCGUAUUGCAUAGUACAGUUUCUGGAGAAGGACCCCUCACUCACAGAACCAGUCAUUAGAGGUUUAAUGAAAUUCUGGCCAAAAACCUGCAGUCAGAAAGAGGUCAUGUUCCUAGGAGAGCUGGAGGAAAUCUUGGAUGUAAUUGAACCAUCACAAUUUGUCAAAAUCCAGGAACCCUUGUUUAAACAAAUUGCCAAGUGUGUCUCUAGCCCUCAUUUUCAGGUGGCUGAAAGAGCGCUGUAUUAUUGGAAUAAUGAAUACAUCAUGAGUUUGAUAGAGGAGAACUCAAACGUUAUACUUCCCAUCAUGUUUUCCAGCCUUUACAGGAUUUCUAAAGAACACUGGAAUCCGGCUAUUGUGGCUUUAGUCUACAAUGUGUUGAAGGCAUUUAUGGAAAUGAACAGCACCAUGUUUGACGAGCUGACAGCCACUUACAAGUCAGAUCGUCAGCGUGAGAAGAAGAAAGAGAAAGAGCGUGAAGAACUGUGGAAAAAACUGGAGGAUUUGGAAUUAAAGAGAGGUCUUAGACGUGAUGGAAUAAUUCCAACUUAACAAAAAUACAAAACAGCAUUAUUAACCUGUGGAGUCACACAUUUAUGUAGUAGAAGAUGGAGCAACAGUUUUCUGUAUUGUGCAACUUUACAGUAGAUUUCACAUUUGUUUCAUUAUUACAACAGCACUGUAUAUACCUGUCUCUAAGUAAAGGAAAAAAAUAAGGACUUUAAUCCAAAGUUUGGACAACAGAUGGACUUCUCAGAACUUUGCAAACAUAAUCAUUGUUUUAACCCUUCUUUAAAACCAGUCUUCAAAGAUCUGUUGAUGAAAAUUGCAAUGUCAGAUUCCAUUGUCAGGACCUGUUCCUUAUUUAUCGUUAGCAGAGAGUAUAAUACAACUUUCAAAUGUGAACAAUCUUAAAAUUUAGCUUGUCUUUCUGCUAAACCGUUACGUGUAUUUAUAGUAAAAGAGAAAAAAGACUGUCAUUUCCUUAUGAGUUUGUGUAACAUCCUCCUUCUCUGGAUAACUUUACUGUAAUUUGACUUUCUUUUCCUUUUGCAUAUCUUCAUAAGUUGAAUGUCCAUUCAGAUCAGGGCCAUGAAGAACAUUGGUCCUGAAUAAAAGUUUUGUUUACUGGUGUGAGCAUUUUUUUAGUACCAGGCUGUCUCUGGUGCUUCCUUAAUUUGAACAUUAGGAAUUAAAAAACAAGUAGGUGAUAAACAUAGUAGGAAAGGGAGCUUUGGAUUCGUGCACCUAUUUAUUGCAAAUCCAAAUUAAUGUCCACAAUCCAUGGAAAAAAAAAACAGGCAGUGGUAACACCCUGGACUUCAGUACCUAACCAGUAUUAGUGAUGCAGCAUUGGACACACGUACCUGAGUUGGUUUAGAAACACCAAUUGCUAAAUUAUUACAGUAUGUUCUUAUUGGACCAUUCUGAAAGAUUAAAGACACAUGCUAAACAACACAAGCAUGAAAUUGAUCUCCAGUGGUCAUGGAUCUAAUUGGAAAUUGACUUGAGAUAGCAGUUUGGACAGUUUGGAGUUGUUGCCUUACUUUUUAAUAUGUAUUUAUAAAGUGUUCCAGCAAAAGAGGAUGUAGCCUCUAAGAAACAUACUGUAGUGUUUUUGUGGUUCUAGUACUAUUACUCAUCACAGUACCAGCCCUAUGGUCUUAGCUGGAAAGGAUUCUGGAUAAUACACUUCUGCAUUCUCAUCUGGAUGCUCAUUCCUAACUACUGUAUUUGUUACCAAAAGUGGUUCUACAAAUGCUACUGAAAAAAAAAAAUUCUGGAAAUCCUAAUGUUCUGAGUAUUAAUAAUAAAGUUUAAAAUGCUUUUAUAUCAAAGGUGCAUUGUGACCAAAUUGUUUAAAACAAAAGAGGAAAAAAAAAAACAAAAACAAAGAAGAAGGCUGUAUUAUAAGUAUACAUUAUUGGCUAUCUGCUUUGUAUUUGAAAGUGGAAUCUUACAUCUUUGGUAGGUAAAAUGCUGAUAAGACUUCUGUACAGUAUAUAUUUAGCUAAUGCAGUUGCAUUAUUCUAUACCGGAAGGUAUGUGUUUCAGGAUUUUUCUCCAGGAUGCUUUUGAACUGUUAUAGACAUAUGACAACAGUGAAUUGAUAAUCCUAAACCAUCAAUCCAGCAGUAUUUACAGUAUAAAAAUGAAUUGGUGUUCAUGAGUCUUUGUGAUAGUUGCAAACAUGAAUUUAUGACCUGUUGCCAUUGAUAGAAAUACCGUAUAAAUACAAGCUUGUAUAUUUUUCUUCCUACCAUUUAAAUAUACAGUAGAAUUUGAAGUUUUCUUGUUUUCAGGCACGGAAAAAAAAAGUACAAAGUAAUUCCCUCCUAGACUACUGACUGUUUCAGGAUUAUCAGGUCACAGUUUGUACUCCUGGGUCUGCACACACAAAUGUUGUAAACUCAAGGCUUUGUAAGAACUUGACACUGUUAAUUCUGGAAAGAAAAAAAAAAGUGGAACUAGUCAUAUGCAACACCAAACACAACAUGAUUUAAUGGGAUUAUUAUGAGCUUCUUUAAGAACAUUGACUGGGACUCAAUGUAAAUUAGGCAGAUACUGUCAUAGUUGAAACAUUUUAUUUUAAAGUGCUGAAGCAAAGGUGCAAGCUGAAAUACUGAAGAUUAAAUAAAUUUAUAACAAAUCAUGUCCCUUAGCCCAUUGAUUUUGACAGUCUUUUAUUUCUGUUACCAAAAAACCGAACUUGCCAGUGUGAUUUCUGUGUGAAAUGAUCAUUUCACAGUACAAGAGGGUGGACUCAAACUCAUGCUCAAAGACUAUGUUCCUUUUUGAAAAACUGAGAAAGAAUGGAGGUAUAAAACUUGAUGUUCUUCACCUGGUGGAGUAAAACACAACAAUGUGAAAUUAGAAAAAGCACCUUGUCCUGUACUUAGAGUUUAGGUGAGUGUUGUUUGUUCAUAACUAUUUUUGGUUUUGCCAUGUCAUUCUACUCUUGAUCAUACAAAACUGACCAGAACCUGGUGGGUUGCAAUAUUUCGUGGCCUCUGCCGCGGGGACAGCGGGGAGCGUCUGACGUUCAUAGGUGAUUUAUCACUUCUGAGAAGGAAUGUUCCUUCAAGGAGAAGGAGAUGAUGUGCUGUUGUUAUGAAGUCACUUGACUCUAAAGGCUGGGUGAUGCACCUGAAGAAGCAGCUGCUGCCAGGACCCCGCGUGUGCCGCAGCCCCAGCGCCGUGUCCGGCCCCGCAGGGCUCCCACUGCUCCCGCUGGAGCUGCAGCAGGAGGAAGAGGAAGGCAGCCCAUGGGCCCAAGUGUGAUCAGUGCAUCAUAAAUUACACUUUUGUUUGCUUCUUGAGUUCCACAAACCACCUUUGUUGGUGUCAGUGUUGUUCUUGACUGCUCGUCCGGCAGGCGUUGGGUGGUCCUGCGUGUCCUGGGCCACAUUGGUCUCAGGGGGAAGGGUUGAGCACUGUCUGCUCACAGGAAGGAGCUGCGAGGGCAUUGGGUCAUGGGGAUGUAACAACUGUACAAGUAAAGUUCCUCUCAUACACUGAAUUGACCACAUGUUGCUUUCUUCAUCUUGCACGUCUCCCGUAUUGUUUUCCUUUCGUUGCUUUCGAGUGUUUUUUGUCUCUCUUCCAGAGGUUGGAAUGCUUUAAAUAAAGGUAUUCUAAUACCA